GACCUUCCUGGAUAAGACAGAAUUUGUACUGCAUCAGAGAAUUCAUAAUGGAGAGAAACCUUACAAAUGUAGUAAAUGUAGAAAGGCUUUCAAGAAUAAGUCAUAUUUUACUGAUGAUCAGAGAAUUCAUACUGGAGAGAUGCGUUAUGAAUGUAAGGAAUGUCGGAUGGGUUUCCUCUACUACUCAAAUCUUACUCUGCAUCAAAGAAUUCAUAAUGGAAGGAAAUCUUAUGGGUGUAGUGAAUGUGGGAAGGCCUGCAGGGAUAAGGCAGAACUUACAGUGCAUCACAGAAUUCAUACUGGAGAGAAAUCAUAUCAAUGUAAUGAAUGUGGAAAGGCAUUCAGGAGGAAGGACCAUGUUAGUAGUCAUCAGAGAAUUCAUACUGGAGACAUCUUUAAUAAAUGUAAGGAGUAUAGGAAGGCUUUCCCCUACAACUCACAUCUUAUUGGACAUCAAAAAAUUCAUAUUGAAGAGAGGCCUUCUGUAUGUAAUCAAUGUGGGAAUAUGUUCAGAGUGAGGACACAACUUAUUCAACAUCAAAGAAUUCAUUUAGGAAAGAAACCUUAAGAGUGUAAUGCAUGGAGGA